AUGCCCCCUCCUGAUGAACCAGUCCCUCCUCCUCCUCCUACCGCUAUUGAUCCUAUUUCCAAUAUUACACAAGAUAAAGGUGGAGACAAUGUGAGUAGAAAGAGAAAAGAGCCUGAGAAGAAAAGCACAAAAUCACAAGUUUGGGAGCAUUUUGUCAAGUUACCUUUAGAAGAAACAAAUGGAGAAGUUAAGGACUUAAAGAAUAGCUUUAAUUCAAUCCUUAAUGCAAUUAAAUAUGUUCGUUCUUCUCCAGCUAGUCUCCAAAAGUUCAAGAAUAUUGCUGAAUUAGAGAAAGUGGACACCACCAGCCUUGUUUGUCUUGAUGUUAAUACUCGGUGGAAUUCAACAUAUUUGAUGUUGAAAUUUGCUUUGAAAUUUCAAAAGGAUUUUGAACGGUUGGAAGAUGAAGAUGAUGACUAUAAGGCAUACUUUGCUAGAGGUUCCAAGAAUGAAGGCCCUCCUAAAGCUAGUGAUUGGAAUAAGGCAAGAAUGUUUCUUAAAUUCUUGAAGGUGUUUUAUGACCUAACUUUGAUGUUUUUGAGUUCACUAAAUGUCACUUCUAACACUUGUUUCCACCAAAUUGCUCUAAUUCAUGAGUUGUUGGAAGAGAACAUUGUGAAUGCCGAUCCUUUGCUUAUGGAGAUGUCCCUUAGCAUGAGAAAAGUUUGCAUGGCCAUGAAAAUUAAGAUUAGAGAUGUUUUGUAUCAUAUGUUUGAUGAGUAUUCUAUGGGGCAAGCAAGUAGUAGUACUUCAAGCAAUGUUUCUUCUAUACCCCCAAGAUCAUCAACAUCAGCUAUGCCACAAGGCCAAGGUAGUAGAGAUCCAGGUCGUAGAUGGUUAGCAUCCCAAAAAGAAAAAAGCUCCUCAAACCCACAAUCUGAAUUAGAUAGAUAUCUUUCAUCUUCUUUAGCUGAUGAUACCCUUGUUGAUGAUGAUUUUGAUAUAUCAGCAUGGUGA